GUCUGUUAGUGCUCCUCUUGGGCCUGCUGUCAUGGGCCUCUGCUGUAGGUUCUUCCUAUCAUAUAUAUUAUUGUACACUCAGCCAUGCAGAAGAAGUACUUCCCAAUCCAGCAAAAAAUACUGAUCAGAAGCAAAUCCAAGUUACUGAAGAUCAUACCAACAACAUUGACUAUGUACAAAGGGCACAGUGGCUUCGUGCAGCGGUUUUAGGAGCCAAUGAUGGGCUGGUUUCGGUUUCUUCAUUGAUGAUGGGUGUAGGAGCUGUUAAGAAAGAUGAAAGGGCUAUGCUACUUGCUGGUUUUGCAGGAUUAGUUGCAGGGACUUGUGGCAUGGCGAUAGGAGAGUUUGUAGCUGUGUGCACUCAGUAUGAAGUUGAGGUAGGUCAAAUGAAGAGAGAGAUGAAUAAUGAGGAGAAAGACUUGGAGAUGGGGAUGGAGAAAAGAGGAUUGCCUAAUCCAUUGCAAGCUACUUUGGCAUCUGCAGUGUCCUUUUCUAUAGGUGCAUUGGUGCCUCUACUUUCAGCUGCUUUCAUAGAAAACUACAGGACUAGGGUUAUUGUGGUUGUGGCAAUGGUUAGCUUGGCUUUGGUGGUGUUUGGAAGGGUGGUGGCUCAGCUGGGAAAAACUCAUAAGAUGAAAUCUUGUGUAAGGUUCCUUCUUGGAGGAUGGAUAGCCAUGGCUAUCACUUUUGGGUUGACCAAAUUACUUGGUGCUAAAGCUUUAGAUAAAGAAUAAUCAUAUGUAGGCUGUGGAUUUUACUUAUGAGAGUAACCACUCCUUUAUUGUGUUUUAUGAAUAAGUUUAAUUAGUUUGUCAUAUGAGAACUUUACUGCUUUUGUUCUCAACUA